GUGAACCAGAGCAAUGGGGUCUACCUUCUGUUAAAAAUAAGCGUCUGGUCUACUUCUAUGGAACUAAACAGAUGUAAGUUCUGUUUUGAAUGAAACCUUUCAUUUUUGUAUGGAGUUCAGAAGCUGCUUGUAUCUACCUCCAUCUGUUUAGUGUGCGUUGAAGUUUUUCUAUGGCUCAUCUGCUUUGUCUUUAUAAUUGGACAAUUGGUUAUAUAUGGAGUACUUGUUAUGGUAAAAAAGAAUGUUGCAUAUCUUUGUAAGUAUGUUUUCUUGGGUUAUUAUGUCAGUGCCUACUUACUAUUUGCGCACCACUUUACUUUCCUGAGUAAAUAAUGUUGUUUAUCCAGCUAUAAGUUGCAGAUUAGAUAGAUACUUUAGCAUGGAUUAACAUCUGGUUGUCAAAACCUGUUAUUUUAUUUCUUUCUGUAAUUUGCACGUGCCUAUUUCUUAGUUCAACAAAUAUAUAUAGGAUAAACUUAAGGUUGUUAACUCUGGACAAUCCACUUAACUGGAAAAAUUACAUGCCAUGGGUAAGAGAAAUCAAACUACACAUUUAGGGCGUGUUCGGAAUCUAUCUAGCUUCUUAAAACUUCACAAAUCCAGCUUCUAGAGCUAGCUUCUCACUUCACCUGGCAAUUCCGACGCGUUCUGCACGCUUGACAGCUUCUCCCAGCACUUGUACAAUACCAUCACCAGCCAUAGGGAAGAUGCAAAGGCGAGCUCACCUUGGGUUGGGGCGAGGGGGCGAGGGCGAGGAGGCUGGCUCAAAGGAAGACAUGGUGAGCACCGGCAUCAAUGGCGUCAAGGUGGGCGUCUCCUGCCGGUGGGGUUGCUGCUCCUGGCUGGCGGCGCUGGAAAGUGCUCAUUCGGGACGGGAUCCGGCGGGAACGGGGCUGGAAUGGUCGGAUCUACUGGCGGAGAGGCUCGCCGGCCGACGAAGGGGUGGAAUCGGGCGUGGCGGCGGCGACCGGCGGCGCUGGGUAGGUCACGAGCAGAAGAGAUGUCGAGGGAGAGAGGGGAACAGGCGUCGGGGCUGAGCCGUGCGAAUCGUUUUUUCGACUUGGCGGUGGCAUCCCCUUGUAAUUAUGCCGAACUCCUCACUUCUCGUUUUCCUGGUCUAUCCUGGAGCUGUGAUUUUGGUGCUUUUUGUUUUUACAUUGGACUCCGGCUGUGCUUCUCGAAGCUAGCUUCUUCGAGAUUUUUCGUUCGGCUCAGCUCCGCUCCAGCUUUUUGUGAAGCGUGGGGCAGGAGGACAUCCGAACACACCCUUAGGCCAAUCUCUUGAAAAAAUUGGAGUUAUACUGAGCAUUGAGAAAAGCACAAUUAGUUUCCGGCACAGUCCUCUCUUUGUUCUAGUGUCUGAGAAAGUCACACUAUCAACAUGUUCAGUUCAAGUUAUCAUAUGGAGUUUUUGACAACCAAUAAUACAAUGGUGUACAAGCCAGGGGAAGAACCUGCUCCUCGACCUUUAGGAGUAGAAUAAUUCCUUAUUUCUCCCUUUCUUAAAAUGUGCUUCUCUGUUGGCCUAAAAAAUAUAUUUCUUCCCUAUUUGGCACCAUGGAAAAAUUAUAUGCCAUGGGUAAGAGAAAUCAAACUACACAUUUAGGCCAAUCUCUUGAAAAUAUUGGAGUUAUAUUGAGCAUUGAGAAAAGUACAAUUAGUUUCUGGCACUACUCUCUCUGUCGCUCGCACUACCAACAUGUUCAAUUUGUUUCGAGAAAACGCAAAAGAAUUUGUGUUUCAUUAUAUUGAACCGGAAGAUAUCGGGGGUACAACCUCCAGAAAGGAGGGACACGCGCGCACUCACACACCGGACCGUCCUCGCCAAGCGACUACAACUAGGUAAGGAGGUGCCCUCAACUACAGACACGCAGCAACAUUAGGCCUCGCCCAGCCUUGCCUCCAGCCAAAAAUGGUGAGGCGCCGAGACUCGGAGCAACGGGGCAGCAUCACCGCUCCAGGGAUGAUUGCAGCUCCAGGACUGCCUAGCAAGGUUUUUGAGUCGCCGACUAAUCGCAGACUAAUCGCCGACUAAUCGCCAAGUCGUUGGAGCGAGGUUGGCUUGCGCAGGCGACUUGGCUUGAGGAGCGAGUCGCGCGACUGGUAGGCUAGUCGACGAUUAGUCGACGACUAGUCGGGCGACUAGGACCUCAGAGCAGGGCGGCUUGCUUCAGCAAGGCCAAGGGAGGGAAGACUGGGAAGGUGAGGAGGCCAGAGUUCGAGGGAGGGGAGGAGGAGACGAAGCUGGAGAGUGCGCCGCAUGUACGAGGAGAAGCACGGAAGAGACGAAGGAGAAAGGCACAUGGGAGCAGAUGCACGGUUCAGAUUAGAGCAUAUGGACGGUUGGGAUUUUUAUCUGGAAGCUAGGGUUGUUAGAGUUAUAAUAUAAGUCAUGUACUCCUUUGUAUUUAUCCCGUUGUAUAAGGGGUUUCCUGCAUAUGUUCCACACUGUACAUGUAUAUAUAUAUCGGCCUAUGGCCUCAUGGGAAUACAAGUUGCAUAUUCCUAACAUGGUAUUAGAGCUAGGUCAAUUUUUUUGCACGCUGCAACUCGUGCGUUUGAUCCGUCUAUUCGAUCGAAGCAAUCGAUCUCUACCCUCGCUCGAUCUCCUCUCCGUCUGCUCGAUCGAAGCAGGGGGCUCGUCCCGCAGGCGCCUCCGAUCUCCUCUCCAGCUGGCCGCUCGCAGGGCUCCCGCUGCCGGCCCGUCUUGCUCAGAGUCGCCCAGCCACCCGUCAGAUCGUCCCAGGGGGCUCGUCCAGUAGGUGCCCCCGAUCUCCAGCCGGCUUCCGCUGCUACAGGCCCGUCCCGAUCCGAUCCCGAUCGCCAGCGCCUGAUCCCGAUUGCCAGCGCCUGAUCCCGAUCCGAUUAAUCCCGAUCGCCAGCGCCUGAUCCCGAUCGCCAGCGCCUGAUCCCGCUUCGAUCUCCUGCUGCCGGCCCGUCCCUAUCUUCCGCUCGAUCCGUCCCCAGCCAGCGCCUGAUCCCGAUCUGGUCGCUCUCGUCGGAUCUAAAAAAAAUGUCUGCUGCAUCGGGCUAUGUUGCUGUCCCUCGCUGUCCGGUGAUCUUUGAUGGUACUAACUACACCGAGUUCACUGGCUUCAUGCGCAUUCACAUGCGUGGCAUCCGUCUUUGGGGUGUUCUUUCUGGCGAGGUCUGCUGUCCGCCACGUCCAGUUCCUCCGGUGGCCCCCACUCCGCCAACUCCAUCGGUUCUUCCUACGGAUGCUAAUCAGGCCGCUAAGGAUGCGGCUAAGGUUGCUGAUGAGGCUGCUGAUCGUGCUUAUGAUGAGAGGGUUUUGGCUUAUGAGGAGGCUCUUCAGACGUAUCAUGGUGCUCUGUCUGUUUACACCCAGUGGCUUGAUGAUGAUGCUCGUGCUGCAGCUGUUCUCACUGCUAGUGUUCUGCCUCAGUUUGCUUCUGAAUUUCUGGGUCUUUCUACUGUCUUUGAGAUGUGGACCCGUCUUCGUGAGCGCUAUCAGCCCUCUGGUGAUGCCUUAUACCUCUCUGUGAGCCGUCAGGAGCAUGCUCUUCAGCAGGGUGACUCUACUGUUGAUGACUUCUAUGCACAGAGUUCUGCUAUCUGGCGCCAGCUUGAUUCUCUCCGUAGUGCUGGGUGUCGUACCUGCCCCUGUUGCCAGGCUGUCCAGGCCAAUUUAGAGUUUCAUCGCGUCUAUGAGUUCUUGUCUCGGCUCCGUCAGGAGUUUGAGCCCCGGCGUGCUCAGUUGUUUGCUCGUGGCCGUAUUUCUCUCAUGGAGGCGCUUUCUGAGAUUCGUGCUGAGGAGACUCGCUUACGUGGUGCUGGUUUGCUGGCGGUUCCCUCUGUGCUCGCUACUCGUGUUCCUACGCCACUUGCUCCACCGACCCCUUCUCGCUCGAGUGCUCCGCCGCUCUUGCCCACUACUUCUGGAGGCUCAGGUCGCCCCCGUCCACAUUGCGCCUAUUGCAACAGUGAUGGUCAUCUUGAGUCUCAGUGCUACACGAAGAAGAAACACAUGCGCAAGGCUCGAUCAUCAUCUUCAGGGACUUCGUCAUCUACCUCGACAGCUUCAGCCAUUGCUUUGACUGAGCAGGAUAUUCUGAGACUUAAGCGUCUGCUCGCGGCUUCAGGUUCUUCCUCGACGGGUACUGCCGGUUCUGUGACUGAUGCUUCCCGCACUGAGCAAUCACCCUCUACACAGUCAGGACCGUCACACGCACACUCUGGUUGGGGCUGGCCCUCGCCGCCGUGAUUCUCAGGGUCUUUGGGAGUUGGACUGGCUUCAUGUUCCUUCUGCUGCCACCACCAUCGCCAGUUCUUCCGCUUCUGUCGCCUCUGUCACUGGUUCCUUCCAGCAGUGGCAUCAUCGACUUGGUCAUCUGUGUGGUUCUCGGUUGUCUUCUUUAGUUCGUCAAGGUCUUCUGGGGUCUGUCUCAGGAGAUGUCUCUUUAGAGUGUCAGGGUUGUCGUCUUGGCAAGCAGAUUCAGUUACCAUAUUCACAUAGUGAGUCAGUGUCUAAGCGUCCUUUCGAUUUAGUCCAUUCUGAUGUAUGGGGUCCGGCCCCUUUCGCUUCGAAAGGUGGUCAUAAAUACUAUAUUAUUUUCAUAGAUGAUUUCUCUCGUUACACAUGGCUUUA